GGCUACAUGUCAGUGGCGACAUCGGCAGAGGAUGAGAUUUUCGGAGAGGAACCGUGCGACGGCUUCCCGUCCCAUCAGUGCGGCCUGUGCGACGAGGACAUUUCGAAUGCAGACCCUGGCAAGAAGGAGUGGAAAGGCAUGGUCCUUCACGGGCGUUGCUUCAACGCCGUGCGUGCGCACAACCACUGCAUCGAGUCCGCCCCAGCCCACGUGGUCGAGCAAGUGAACUCCGACUUCGAGAACAACCGUGGCGCAUGGCAAGAGCGAGUUCGGCCGUGGAUCGAUCCUUCAAAGAAGGCAAGGGACGGCGCCAGGGAUGCUACCAAGAAGACUUUCUACGUGGUUGAACGGAAAGCGAAAGAAACAGAGAAGGAGAUCGACGACGAUAUGAAGCUCACUCUGCUGGAGUAUCAGGCGUACGAGGGCUUCUGGCACAGGAAGUCGGACGAGCAGUGCGAGCGGGAGUUCAGCAAGCUUCAUGCGGAUCAGAAGGGCAAGCACGAUGAAUAUGUUUUCGAAGGCGGUGAGAGGAAGGUGAUUCAGAAGAUCGCUGUCCGCGACAUCGGUCGCAUCAGGAAGUCGAAGGGCGAGACCACGUCCCAGUCAUCUUUCACCGUGGAGCAGACGUCAUCGGAGCUCGAUGCUGAGGUGAAGCGCAGGCGCCUGAUGAAGAAGACUUCGGACCUGGAGGACCUCCGUGGAAGGACGCCGCAAUCGCAUAUACCGACGGAGAGCCACUCAGCCGAACACUUCGUGACCCACGGCGACGCCCGCUCCAGGGGCAGCAGCGCCGACACUUUGGCAACCCCGACGCUCAACUUGGCCUCGUCGCCUCGCCAGUCGAUGUGCGGUGGCACUGAGACCCCAGACCCAGCCAAGGAGCUCGCGAAGUCGAGGAAGGGGGCCAUGUCGGAGAAGGGCGCCAAGGCGAAGCUCUUCAACCCGAAGGUGGGCAUCAACAUUGACGACGCCACCAGGGAGCGCGUGGUGCCUACGGCUGACGACAUCGACAAGAUGGAGCCCGUGGUUUUCAUGGAACUGAAGCGGAGUUGGUCUGAAAUGGCUAUCCACGUUCACUCUGGAUUCAUGACUGCUGGGUCAGGUUUAGUCCACCAGCUCAAGAGCGCCAGCGCCACCGUGGGCACCCAGUCGCAGCAGGACCUCGACAUGCCGACCGACGCCCUCGUAAAUUCCAUCACCCAGAUGGCGCAGGGGAUCAAGGAUGAUAUCGACAGGAUCGGUUCCGAUUGCAACAAGGCCUCGUUCGGUGAAAUUGUCCAGACGUUGCACACCAAGAUGAACGCGAUCGAGGCCACGAAGAAGUCAGUGUAUACGCAGUUGGACGGCCUCCGCUAUCUCUCCGAGAAGGGCGGCCACGGCAAGGCGGUCGAGUACAUGAGCCACUACAACAAGCGCGUGAAGAUACAGCGUAGGCUCCAGAAGGCAACCUUCGCGAAGGAGCUCGCAGACAACGUUUCUAGGACGGUCUAUGCCAUGAGGGGUGAUGCCGAGAGAAGGUCGCUGAUCAGCGAGGUCGAGAAGAGCAAGGGCGGAAAGCCCAAGAAGCCGCUACUGUUCAAUGCCGAGGUGCCGAAGAACACCGACUUCGACCCGAUGCAGGCCACCGUUUGGGAUGACCAGGCAUCCAUGCCGCUCCAGGCGAUCAUCAAGAUGAUCGACGCCAACAGCAGCGCCAUCGACGGAAAGGUGCAUGUCCACGAGAACUCCUUUCAGGCGAGAGGGGCCAACUGGUUAGGCUGCCAGGGCCGCGUGACCAGCGACUGGGUGAUCACAGAUGCCGACGCCAUCGAUAGCAUCUCGUGCCACGACUUCUGCAAGGGUGGCCUCACGCCGUGGCUCGUGACGGUCAAGGCGGACGCGCCGAGGUGGGGCCCGUCUUCGAUGCCCUUGAUGGGCCUCGCGUGCGCGAUCGUGGCGAGGAGCGCGGACUGCUACGUGAUGCUGCACGCGGCUUCGAGCAUCACUUCUUGCGGGGUGUCGCUCAAGGACUACCUGAAGUUCGCCGAGACGGAGGAGGGAAGCAAUUCCCUGAAGGAGAGCAGCAUGGUGAUGCUGCCGCAGGGGCACGUGCUCUACGUGCCGACUGGCAUCUGCGCGAUGCCGAUCUUCAUCCCGCACGAGCUGCCCGUCAAGGGCCUGGGCCUCGGACACUUCGUGGUGAUCCCGAUGCUGCGC